AUGGACUCGCUGCCCGAGCAUACCGGCCAAGAGCAGAGCCCCAGCCUCGCGCGGUCGGUCCUGAGGACGGCAGAACUCCUCUACCCGGUUAUUCUUCUUGUGAUCUUCGUCCUUUCGGCCGCCAUUCACACCAUUAUCACGUCAAAAGCCGAGGAAAGGAUCGACUAUCCAACCGUCAAGGGUCCGGGUGGUAAACCAUUGCCAGUUACCAAGAGGAAGCGGGAGAAGAUAGCCCAGGAAGUAGCCGAUGAAGAUAACUCUAGGGCUAGCCGCAUCGCAAAGAGCGCGUUUCGGUACCUGACAUUCGCCGUUAUUUCAAGUUUUGUCGCCAACGGCAUCGCCAUCAUCGCCCAUGUCCUGCAUUCACACAGGCACGAGGCGCGCGAAGACUGGUGGUGGUGUGGUGAGGAGCGAGUGGUAUACGUUGGAGGGUCGGUAUCCCUUUAUGUGUACGUCCUGAUCACUCUUUUUGAGUGGCGCCAGGCCCCGACCCCCAACCAUUUGAUACUAUGGGUUUGCGGGCUUCUUGGGGAGGUUGUUAUUUUCGUUGCCUCAGCUAUUACUUUAUUCGAUCCGCAGGACGUUGCGCAGGAUGUAUUCCCCUCAUUUACGGUCGCCGACUACGGACUCAGUCGCUGGGAUGUCGCGGAUCUCAGCAUUGCAGGCAUUCGACUCUGCCUUCUUGUGUCACUGGUCAGCCUUUACGGCAUUAUGUAUUCCAGGAAACGUUCCGCAGAGCGACGCUUAGCCGAUGAAGAAUCGCAGCGUUCAGAUGAUGAUGAAGCAAGCCCCUUGCUUGGCAACAACGAUUUCCGACGUCGCUCCACGUAUGGCAGCGUGAAUGGCAGUGCCAGCGGCCAAGCAAAUGAUUCCGCUGGAGGAAGUGUUCAGAAACCGGACGAGGAAGCAGCCUUCUACCGCCCAGAAAAGCUCCCACACAAGACGUGGUUCGAAUACUGCCGUGGCUACGCAAUCUUUUUCCCAUACCUUUGGCCCAGCAAGUCUCUUCGACUCCAGGCGAUUGUCGUCUUCUGCUUCGUACUGGUCAUCCUUCAACGUGUUGUCAACAUUUUGGUUCCUCGACAAUUGGAGCGUGUCACCAAUACCCUUGAGCCUUCCGAAGGGUUGCGAGGCAUGCCAUGGUUAGACCUGGGGCUGUUGAUCCUGUACAAUAAACGUACCGGAGAGGUGCUCUCGGCUCUCAACAAAGGCGCCUCGAUCAAUCAGUUCCUCGAACAAGUGACCUUCCAGGUCGUCCCGAUGCUUCUCGAUCUCUUUGUCGCUAUCGUUUACUUCUGUGUUAAGUUCGGCUCCUUAUACGCGUUGCUGGUCUCCGUCAUGACUUUCUACUAUCUCUAUCUCACUAUUCGCAUGGCUGCUACCCGAGCCGAUCAACGCCGUGAGAUGGUCAAUGCUGAUCGCGAGGAAGAAGCCGUCAAGAACGACUCAAUCAUGUCGUACGAAACGGUCAAGUAUUUCAACGCGGAGCAGAGGGAGUUUGCGCGUUAUGGCGAAGCUAUUAAAAAGUUUCAGGAAGCUGAGGCCAGAGUUACUUGGGGCAUCAAUCAAAUGAACAUCUGUCAAUCCUUGAUUUUCAUGGUUGGCCUUCUAAUCGCCCUGCUUGCAUGUGGCUAUGAAGUCUGGCAGGGCCAGAGGAAUGUCGGCGAGUUCGUGGCUCUCGUCACAUAUCUCGGUCAGCUACAAGGCCCUCUAAACUUCUUUGGCACCUUCUACCGGACGGUUCAGUCGGCUAUGAUCUCUGGCGAGCGACUUCUGGAGCUCUUCAAGAUCCAGCCGACAGUGGUGGAUAAACCAGGAGCCCAACCUUUGAAGGAAUGCAGCGGCCAUAUUAAGUGGAACAAUGUCGGUUUUUCUUACGACGAACGCAAACCGGCACUUCGUGACUUGUCAUUCGAAUGCCGGCCUGGCACCACGACCGCUUUCGUUGGCGAAUCAGGCGGAGGGAAGUCGACUAUCUUCCGUCUGAUGUUCCGAUAUUACAACUGCCAUGAAGGAAGCAUUGAAAUUGAUGGCAAGGAUGUCAAAGAUUUGACCAUCGACUCAGUCCGCCGAUUCAUCGGCGUGGUUCCCCAAGAUACCAUGCUAUUCAAUGAGACGCUGAUGUACAAUCUCAAGUAUGCCAACCCUGAGGCAACUGAUGAAGACGUCUACGAAGCUUGCCGUGCCGCUGCCAUCCAUGAUAGGAUCUUGAGCUUCCCUGACGGUUACAACACAAAAGUUGGCGAACGAGGCCUCCGGCUAAGUGGUGGCGAGAAGCAGCGCGUGGCGAUUGCUCGCACGAUCCUGAAGAACCCAAAAAUCAUCAUGCUAGAUGAGGCAACGUCGGCACUCGAUGGAGAAACAGAGCAGCAAAUCCAAUCUAAGUUGAUCAGUGGCAACUUUGGACAAAACCGGACGCUCCUGAUUAUUGCUCAUCGUUUGUCUACCAUCACACAUGCCGAUCAGAUCAUUGUCCUUCAUCAGGGGUCCAUCGUUGAGAGAGGCACUCAUCAGGAACUUCUCGCACUUAACGGUCGCUAUGCCGCUAUGUGGAAGAAGCAUUGCCGUGCUGAACGGGCUGCCGAACAUGCUCGCGAUGCGACUAGGAAGGCUAAGCGACUCAUGAACCGAGCAAAGCUUGUGCAAGUUGAUGACGGGUAUAGCAGUAUGCUCUCAUCAGCUAUUCUCCCGACAAACCCUCCCAGUCCCAGGACUGAGCCAGUGGAAACGCAAGAUGUUGAGGGACAUGAUACCGAAUCAAUAUCGUCUAAUGACAGCAGUAGCGACAACAGCUCAUCCAGUGGAACGGAGGGUACGCUCCAAGACGAUGCCUGUGAUGGAACCCGUCAACAGGACGCCAACCAAGCCGACAAGUCUCAUAAACCACAGCAAUUACUCAACUAUCCUUUCCGUAACGAUUGA